GUAGGCAAUUAUUAUACUACUACAGUUAUUAUAUAUUUUUGUUGUACAUAUUCCUUUUCCAAUAAACUUACAUAGAAACUACUUUCCCCAUUCUAUAUUAUUGUAUUUGUUUUGACGUUACUUUGCAUCUUUACCUUAGUCAAAAGUUUGUGUAUAUCACCAAGAAGGUAACGAUUCACUUACAUAUAUACAUAGAUACUUACAAACUAGUCAGCCCUUUAUGAGUAGACAAUCGCCUUCUCCAUCAGUACAUUCUCUUCGUAAUGGAAUCAAUCGUGAGCAAUCUCUUUUACAAUUGAAUGGAUGCUCUCCAGUGAUUUACUCUCCUACACCUCGAACAACUACAGGGGAAUCUUUAGGUGCCUUGGUUGGUGCUUCUUUGACUGUAGUGGAUAAUACAAUAUAUACUUUUGCUGGAUUCGACCAAUAUACUGAUGAAGUUUACAACUCUCUUCACCAAUUGACAUUUAACGAUAAUCAAGAAGAAUGCAUUUGGAAACGCGUGGUAUAUACAAAGGGACGACCUCCUGCCAAACGAAAUGACCAUUCUGCAACCUUAUGGGGAAACAACAACAAACUUGUAAUUUAUGGUGGUAGUGCCGAAGAAGACGAAAAGUAUUACAAUGACAUUGCCAUCUUAGAUUUGAACACUAUGACAUGGGAAUAUCCAACUACUUUUGGUAAUCAGCCAGAAGGACGUAUUCGACACUCAGCAACUAUAUAUAACAACAAAUUGUACAUUGCAGGCGGUAUUAUCUCACCAUCAUCAGCAUCAUCAGUAUCAUCAUCAUCGGUUGGUGCUUCUAACUUGGGUCAAACAGGACAGCAACAACAUCCCGACACGCUUUUGAUACUCGAUCUUACGACAUGGAUUUGGCAGGAUCCAAUUCCUUUUGUAAAGCGAUCGCAACAUAUCACUUUUGUUUAUAACGACCGAUUGUAUCUUUUUGGUGGCCUACACGAAGACAUGACUCGAUCGAAUUAUUUAUCAUUUAUCGAUAUAUCGGAUGAUCCAUUCAAUGAUUCGACAGUGACUCAUAUUGAUAUCAAUUCACCUAAAGCACCUUCAUUGACUGCGCAACGGUUCCUUCAAAUUUGUGGCGAUAAACUUGUUGUUAUUGUUACACCAUCGAUUAGUCAACCAUCCUGUUUAUCCGAUGUAAUCAGUGGGGUAUGGACUCUAAAUUUGGAAUCUCUUCAAUGGCGAUGUCAUCAAGUUGGAACAUCCUUUGGCACUUGUCACUGGCAUAGCUUUGCAAUGGCAGAACAUAGUACUCAACUCUAUCUAUUUGGCACGGAGGACGAAUUACCCGAUGAAUAUUAUUCCAAGGUGAUCUGUUUGGAUCUCAAAGAACUUGGCAUUAUCCCUAUACCUCAACCUCAGCUUGGAACAGAUUUAGCUCAACUACUUCAACUGGAUUUUAUCAAGCCGGAUUUUAUACUUCGAUCAAGCAUUGAUUCAGAAGGGGAUGAUAUUUAUGUACACAAAUUGAUUUUGUUAGCACGAUGGCAUCAUUUUCACAACAGUAUGAAGGCAGCUUUGGAAUUGGAUGGAAAUCAAGUGAUGGAUAUGUUGACGUUACCUUAUUCAUUACCAGUGCUUCGUGGAUUUGUGGAUUACUUGUACAAGGACACGUUACAACAAUUACCUUUGAUGAUGAUAUGUGAUCUUUUGAUGAUGGCAAAUGAAUAUUCGAUGGAUCGACUCAUGGCACUUUGUGUACAACGACUCUAUAUGCAUAUGGAUGUGAACUCGGUCAGCAAAGUGUAUUACGUGGCACGACAGACAAAACAACAAGGAUUACAACAUCAGGCUCUUCAGUAUAUCUUUGAACAUUUUGGUGCUGUAUCUCAUAGUGAAGGAUUUAGAAAUCUACCUCGCGAUCUUUUGCUACAGAUUUUAGAUGAAAUGCCAAAAAACGCUGCUAUUGUUGCUCAUGGAGUGGUCCCAAUGAUGACUGGAUCCCUAUCCAAUGGUGUUGGUGGUUUUACAAUUAUGCAAACUCAAAGAAAUGGUAGUGAUUCUGGAUUAUAUCGACAACAACGAUAUGGAAUGACCUUUGAUGACGAUGGUGAUAACGGAGAAGAUGAUGAUGACGAUGCUGAUGAUGCCAUGGAAACAUGAUAUACGUGAU